GCUCGCUUCGCCUUCGUUCGCCUAUUCCCCUUCCCCUCGCCGCCGGCGAUCGCCGGGAUCCUCCGCCGAGCGUAGGAGAUCUCUCCACGCCACCUAGCCGCUUCUCCUGCGUCUUCCUCCGCCUCUGCCUCACUUUUUUCGCGCUCUUGUAGUCGCGGAAUUUGGCAUGUGACAAGUGGGUUUGCGCGGGGAAGGAGGCGCCCGCCGGCGAACAGUCCUGCCGGCGGAGACGCCUGCGGCGCAAGAGAGCCGCCGAUUGACACCGAGAUUUCCCCCCUAAUUUUGCCUGCAUUUUUUUGAGGACUCGGCGUCCUCAAGGAAUUCGGCUAUUGCAGGUUGCUAUUACAAAAUGGUCUGCAUGGCUGGACAUUUUAAAAUGGCUUCUGUGCUGAAGCUAAUGAUGGAAAAUCAUGCCACACCUGAUGAGGUGAUUAAUGAGAAGAGUGCUUCACAUAUCCUACAGAAGCAACUUCUUAGCGCACAUGAACCAAAUUUGCUUGAUGAAGAUGAUAUGCAUAUAUUUGGAUCAAAACCUAUGGCUGAUCCAUUGGACCUGGUCCACUGUGAUACAUGCCAGAAGCCUGUUAAGGCCAGCCAUUAUGCACCUCAUGCAGAGCGAUGUACCUCAGGGAAGGUGAACCCAAAUGAUUUGAUGGGUGUAGAAGACGAUGUUCAUCCUAUGAAGCCUCCAAAGAAGGGCAGGAAAAUAAAGCUGACGAGCAAUGGAAAUCAAAAGGUACAUAUAAAAGUGAAAUUAAAGUCUCAGCCUGAAAAUAGGAACAUCGUCAAUGACUUUGAGUUGACCAACGGAAAUGAGAGCAAACCUUCAAAUUCUAUUGCUGAUCAAAGGUUAAAAACAUCUGUCGAUAAUUCAUCUGCCAUCAAUGCUCCUGAAAGGCAUUUUAGAGAUGUGCCAGCUCCUCUUGCUACAAAAAUGUAUCAUCCACGGGGAAACUACCGGCUUCGAUUGGAGCUUGCUCAGCUUUACCGUGACUCAUGCGUGGAGCAGUCACACGGCUAUGCAAGUAAUACAACUCCAACCUCGUCACAGAAUAAUGGGUUGGUACCAUGUGAUAAUUCAACAUUACAUGGUUGUCAUGAUUCGGCAUUACAUGGUUCUGAUAAUUCAGUAUUACAUGGUGCUCGGAAGAGCAGCAUUCCUCCAAAAAAGCUUCUGGAUCAGCUGCUUGCGAGCACAUCAGGGUUGUGCUCAGGAAUCUCUCCACAAUUAUCAUCAAGCGGACCAAGCCGUCUGCAGGCAACAAAAUUUCAGAAAGCAGACACUCCAGUAUCUGCAGUUAGAAAUGAAUUGGGAAGAAGCAGGUGCAACAAAGCGGCAGUCCCGUCUUCAAAAACCACAGGCAAAAAGAAGACGCAGAAGCAAUCUAACGCGCUACCUGCAAUCUAAGUCCUCAGUAGAGUAGCCCAUUGAUUGGUUGUUCAUUGCUAUAGCAACUUCAUUUGUGAAAGUAAUAUCUCAUUUUGUUCAUUUAAUAUAAAAUUUGUUCUAGUUGAAUGACUUUCGGACCAGACGAUCUGAAUACAAGGUCAUUUUGGCUCGUUGACUCUUGGUAGAAGCUAACCACAACUCCGUAGUUCCGGCCCUGGUGAUGGGACUAAGUGUAGAUAACGUAUCGGCAAAGUCCUUAUGUUUAUGUGCUCCCCUUAUUACAAAUGACAUGAUGAAUGUUCUCCAAACCAGCAGUAUAAGUUUCCUGUAGUUAUAAUAUCAUUGGUUGCUUCUUUUA